AUGUCUCGGCAGCUGUGCCGCGACCACGCCGCGGUGGCGGACGCUCUUCAGCCGUUCGUCACUGGGCCCAAGUGGCUUGAAUAUGGGGCGGCGCCUGGCCAGGACGCGUUCGACUCGGAGGCGCUCAACCGCGUGAAGAAGCACUGGAAGGACCGCGCAGCUGUAAUCCUUCUCCUGGUCUUGCUGCGUCGGCGAGCGUUCAUCCUGAUCUCGGAGCGCAUUCAGGCGUGGGAGGACUGGAGCCAGGAGAAGAGGGAUCAGUGG